CGCCCUGGAUCGUCCCGACAGCGGCGGUGUUACCGACCGAUUUUGCGAGAGUGAGCACGCGGAAAAGAAAGGAAUGAGGAGAUUCACCCGGUGACCUCGGUGCCACGCGCGGUAAUGCUACUGGCAAGCGGUAUCGCCUCGAUACCGACCAUCGCCGGCACUGUCGAGGAGGAAGAGUACGUACGUAGCGAGGCGAACAGCGCGCAUUACGAUGGAUACAUUACCGAUCACACUGAUCUCGCCUCGGAGAUCGAUAUCGACGAGUCCGAGUACAGGCGGGAGCUACUUAAUGAUAAAUGGCGAAUGCUCUUCGACAAGUUUGAUCCGGAGGGUUUCGGAGAGAUACCGUUGGAGGACUUCUUGGUAGCUCUGAGGAGUCCCGAAUGGAAGGCGGAGAUACCGACCAACAAACGUGACAUACUUCUCACCAGAGCAAAGGAGUCGCGUGUCCAGGCAGUGACUUUCCAGGAUUUCGUCAAUGUGUUAGUGGGCAUGAAAGAUGCACAAAAUCUGAAUUUAUUUACUAACCGAAAACUGAGCAAUAAUUGGAUAAAGAGACUAUUCAAUUGA